AUGCGCAACCUCCUUGUUCUGUUUCUGCAGCUCGGUUCAGCUGGCUGUAAAGCCACGGUAUCAGACUGCAAAUACUUCCCUGGUGACGCGUGCUGGCCUUCUGAUGGCGACUGGGAUCACCUCAACAGUACGGUUGGUGGCAAGUUGAUAGCUACGGUUCCGCUGGGAAGUCCAUGUCAUGAUCCGAAUUAUGAUGCUGAGGAGUGUCAACGGCUUCGAAGCGAAUGGCUGUAUUCGUCAAUUCAUUCGGAAUCGUCCUCGUCCAUGAUGGCUCCUCUAUUCGCCAAUCAGUCUUGUGACCCAUUCCAGCCCAGGGACAAGCCAUGUACACUCGGUAACUACGUCAGAUAUACUGUCAAUGCCACGACUGCAGACGACGUCGUAGCGUCUUUAAACUUCGCCAAGGAUAGAAAUAUACGCCUUAUCAUCCGUAACACAGGUCAUGAUUACCUCGGUCGUUCAACCGGUGCAGGAUCCCUCGCUGUUUGGACUCACUACCUCAAGGGCACAGAAGUCACCGACUGGAAAGACGGUCACUAUCAAGGAAAAGCUCUCAAGGUCGGCGCCGGCGUUCAAGGCUUUGAGGCACUUGCAGCUGCUCAUGCUGAGAAUCUGGUCGUCGUUACUGGAGAAUGUCCUUCCGUUGGUCUUGCGGGAGGAUAUACCCAAGGAGGAGGCCAUUCAGCUCUAAGUACCAAUUUUGGCUUAGCAGCAGAUAACACCCUCGAAUUCGAGGUCGUUACUGCCGAUGGAAAGCUUGUCAAAGCCAGCAGGAGUGAAAAUAGCGACUUGUAUUGGGCUUUGAGCGGUGGUGGUACAGGUAACUAUGGCGUCGUUGUCUCAGCUACUGUACGGGCUUAUCCAGAAGCUCAAGUCAGUGGAGCCAAUUUUCUUGUAACUGCACCUCAGGGAAGGCCAGAGCUCAUAUAUAAGGCCAUCGAUGAUUUCCAUGCUGCUCUGCCCCAGAUUGUUGACUCUGGGGUUAUGAUCAUCUACUUCUUCUCAGACUCAUUCCUUCAGAUCCCAGCUCUGACGGCGUACGACAAGACUGAGGCCGAGGUGAAGCAGAUCCUUCAGCCGCUCGCCGAUUCUUUGUCUGAUCUUGGUAUCAAGUUUGAACCGAACUUCACGCACUUCCCAAGUUACUACGAGCAUUACGGUCACUACUGGGGUCCCCUCCCAGCAGGCAACAUCCAAGUAGGGACACAGCUCUUCGGAGGUCGUUUGCUACCACGCAAUAAGCUGAAGGGCUUUUCUCCAACAGCUCAGAAGCUCGCUGAGAUGGGAGUCAUCUACAUCGGCGUCGGUCUCAACCUAUCCAGAUUCGGGGGCAACAACGUCAACUCGGUACUACCCCAAUGGCGAGAUUCCAUCGUGCAGGUUUCUCUGACUCUUCCUUGGGAUAACGAAGCCCCAUGGGAGGAGAUGCUGGCUACUCUGAAGAGAAUGACAGAGGAGAUCCAACCUGUGAUUGAGGCUGCAACGCCUGGUGCUGGUGCGUAUGUCAACGAAGCAGACUUUCAACAGAAGGAUUGGCAAGAGACCUUCUACGGAGUCAUUUAUGAUAAAUUGUUGCAGAUAAAGAAGAAGUACGAUCCUGAGAGCUUGUUCUAUGCGACAGUCGCGGUCGGUAGUGAGGCUUGGUCUGUUUCAGAUGACGGGCGCAUGUGUCGGUCUCAAAGUUGA